AUGUCUCGCCGCCGCGCCUCCCACAGCGAAUCAUUGGGUCUAUCCUCCACUAUGAACGAAGCACUUGCCUAUCCUUUCUCCGGGAUGCAGCAGAACAAUGCUCCACAGCGACGCGGCCCGAUCGAAGGGCCCAACGGACGGCGGUUGAUUCGUAGGGUCACCUGGCGAUCUUCCACGUACAAGCUGAUGGCUUGCCUGUGGGUGUUGGGUGUUUUCUAUAUCGUCUGGCUCAUUCGAGAUGUCUUCUUCUAUCCCUUCUACUCCUCUUCCAAUCAGCCUCUCACCCCCAAACCAGCAACUGAUUUGCUGGCUCCCUAUCUGGGACGUCAAGAGUGCGACAUCUCGUCUCUGUCCCUCUUCAGCCCUCCCCCAUCCGGUGAUAGCGAACGAGUGUCAAGCAAUCCGUACUGCCAAACCCGUGAUGCGCUGCUCAACGCCAUGAGCAAUGGCGGGCGUCAUGGUUUCGAUGCCGCGUAUACCUCACAAGGCAACCUUCGUAACACUCUGACUGACUGUUCUCGCUCAGGGUGCUCCUACCGUUGGUUCACUAGCGCUGAGGUGUGCAAUAUUCUACAAAAAUUCGAUGGAAUUGUCUACAUUGGCGAUGAUUCCCUGGCCGAUGUUUAUGCUGGGUUCAACAUCCUUCUACGGGAGGAUCUGGCGACCGGAUCGCUGAGAGAGUGGGAGAUAAACAAGGACAAUGACCACAAUUGCCGAUGUGAAUCUCAAUUUACCAGUGCUUCUUGUCUGCCAUUGCGGAUUACUUCAAGUGACGAGGUAUACGCACAGGACAGCAGCAAAGCCCCUCGCAGACCCUAUACCUGUUCCUCCCAUAUUCCCCAUGCAUUCCUCACCACAGUCGGUUCGCCCGCUCCAAAGAGUGCGUACGAAAAGUUCCGUCGAAUGGUCGGUCGAGGGGCUGGCCGGAACAAGCCAGUACCGGUGCUCUUGAGUCUUUCCCUUUCCACGUCUUAUUCCUUGCCCACGGCCAAAAGUAGCAUGGAAGAAUGGCUCACAUUGGCCCAAGCCAGUGGACGAAACACCCCCUUUCUCUGGGUAGGCCCCACAGCCCCUGGACUUCAAAAGGACUCGGGGGACAACAUCCACGCGUCCAGCUGGCAGUAUUCACAAGAUACUAUCCAAGAAGCCCGUAACCAUGGCUUUGAUACCCUGGCUAUGUACAACGCGACACUGCAGGCUGAUAGCUGGGAUGGAAAACACUAUGGUGAGAAGGUGGCUUUGAUACAGGCGAUGAUGAUUAUAAACUGGUUAUCUGCCCUCUAAAAUCGUGACCGGUCUUCUGCGACCACUCCGCACGGUACGGAUAUCAAAGUGGUGUCGUGCGAUCACAGGCCUUCUCGCAUUGGCUACGAUAUUGGAUGCUUCAAAAACAUAUGCAUCGACCUCAUAGGGCCUUAGCUGGCUCAUACAUUUUCAAACUUUCUGGGAUUAUCUCCGUGCUAUCUGUUCAGCGGACUUCAGAGAUCUAGUUCUUGGCUGCUUAUCUUGUUAUAUAGUAUCUUUUCUAUCUUUCGAACCUUGGCAUCUCAUACUAAGGCCCUCCUAAAGAUAUCUCGCUUCUGUUGGAUGGAACGUUCAUCCUUUUGCUCUAGUUUACAAUGAUUUGACCUUUUCU